AUGAUUGAAAAGGCCAACGCCAACGCCAAGCAAGUCUACGCCACUUCCAACGGGUUCCCCUACUCCCACCACCCGUACGGAGCCCAAUACGCCAGACCCGAUGGCCCCCUCCUCUUACAAGACGUGCACCUCGUCGAGUCCAUCGCGCACUUUGACAGAGAGCGCAUCCCCGAAAGAGUCGUCCACGCCAAGGGCGGCGGGUGCCGCAUCGAGUUCGAACUCACCGACUCCCUAAGCGACAUCACGUUUGCCGCCCCAUACCAGACGCCCGGCUACAAGUGCCCCGGUGUCAUCCGCUGCUCCACCGUGGGCGGCGAGUCCGGGACCCCCGACACCGCAAGAGACCCCAGAGGCUUUUCCUUCAAGUUCUACACCGACUGGGGGGUCCACGACUGGGUCUUCAACAACACCCCCGUGUUCUUCAUCAGAGACGCCAACAAGUUUCCCCACUUUAUCCACACCCAAAAGCGAGACCCUCGCAGCCACCUGGGCCAAAGCGUCGACACCGCCAUGUACUGGGACUACCUCACCCAGAACAUCGAGUCCAUCCACCAAAUCACCUACAUGUUUGGCGACCGGGGCACCCCCGCGUCCUGGACCGAAAUGAGCGCCUACUCGGGCCACACUUUCAAGUUCAUCAACAAGCACAACGAGCUCACCUACGCCCAGAUCCACGUCCUCGCAGACCGCGGCUUCAGCACCCUGUCGGACGACGAGGCCGCCAAACUCGCCGGCGCCAACCCGGACCACCACCAAACUCUCCUCUUCCAGGCCCUGCAGAGAGGCGAGCACCCCACCUACACCUGCUACGUGCAAACCAUGACCCCGCAGCAGGCCGAGGACUUUCGCUACUCUGUCAACGACCUCACCAAGAUCUGGCCCCACAAGCAGUUCCCCUUGCGCAAGUUCGCCAAGAUCACCUUGACGGAAAACGUCGACAACUACUUUGAGGAAAUCGAGCAGAUCGCCUUCAGCCCCAGCAACACCUGCAUCCCGGGCAUCGAGCCCUCCAACGACUCCGUGCUGCAGUCCCGCCUCUUUUCCUACCCGGACACCCAGCGCCACCGCCUGGGCGCCAACUUCCACCAACUGCCCGUCAACAGUCCCAGAAACAUGUGCCCUGCAUCCGCCGGCGGUUGCCCCUUCCUCAUGGGCAACUUCCAGCGCGACGGGCCCGCCGCCCUCUACAACCAGGGCGCCUACCCAAACUACAUCUCCACCUACCACGACCAGAAGGUCCAGUUCAAGGACCUCACCUCGGACGCCAUGUCCCACGCCAAGUUCACGGGGCCCGUGCUCCACGCAGACGAGCUCGCCAACAUCAAGGCCCAGGAGGACAAACGCAAGAAGCACGAAGAAAUCAUCAACGCCAAGAUCAACGAGUACUACUCCGUCACCGGCGUCUCCCCGCUCGACCUGGAGCAACCCAGGGCCCUCUACGAAAACGUGUACGACGACGCCGCCAAGCGCGCUUUCGUCAACAACGUGGCGGGGCACGCCUCCAGAAUCUCCGUCCCCGAAAUCAAAGAACGUGUCACCCAGUACUUUGGCCUGCUCAACCUGGACCUCGGCGCCCAGCUGGCCAGCGCCCUGCAAAUCCCAUGGAAACCCCUCACUUUCGAAGAGUAUGUCAGCUCCAUCUCCCCAGCGGCUGCCUACUAG